UCAGCGCUGUAAAUAUGGCGGAGCCCUCCUUGGGGAGUUCAAGCCCAGGAAUUUCGGUUGGUUCUGAAAACGUUGACUUUGAGCCAUCAGCAGGGAUGCUGUUACCUGAUUAUGAAGAUAAUCAGACCCCUGAAGACGAGGAGGUGCCGGAGGGGGACGCUAACUUCAGCAAUGAGAUUGAAGACCUCGCAAAGGAGGGGGAAAUGCCCAUCCAGGAGCUUUUGAAUCUCUAUGGCUACAGUGGCAGUGGGUCACCUGAGGAAGAUGAUGAAGAUGAAGAGGAAGAUGAGGAGGAUGCUGAUGGAGAUGAGGAGGAGGAGGAGGAUGAUGAAGAAGGAGAGGAUAUGGAUAAUGAUGAGAGCAGCAGAAGCACCGGAGAACUAAAGAAGAGCAAGGAGGAUGGAGGAAAGAUAUGCAAGGGUUUGGUGAAUGAGAACCGCUCCACUGACAGUCGAGCUUGGGCGGUGAAAACCUGUAACACAACUGAACUCAAACGAUCACAGAACUGCAGCUACUUUCAGAAUAAUGAAGUAGAGGAGGAAUCAGAGGAGGAUGAGGACUAUAUUCCCUCUGAAGACUGGAAGAAAGAGAUUAUGGUGGGCUCCAUGUAUCAGGCUGAAACACCGUCUGGGCUGUGCAAGUACAAAGAAAACGAGAAAGUGUAUGAGAAUGCUGACCAGCUGCUGUGGAAUCCGGAAAUCCUUCCUGAAAACAAUGUGGUGGAGUUUCUAACGGAAGCGUGUCGACGGACGGGAGAGGAGACGGGAGUAGAUGCUAUUCCUGAAGGAUCUCAUAUCAAAGACAAUGAGCAGGCUUUAUAUGAGCUGGUGAAGUGUAACUUUGACACUGCAGAGGCUUUACGAAGAUUAAGAUUUAACGUUAAAGCAGCCAGAGAGGAACUGUCUAUCUGGACAGAGGAAGAGUGCAGGAAUUUUGAACAAGGUUUAAAGGCGUAUGGGAAAGACUUUAAUUUCAUCCAGGCCAACAAGGUCAGAACACGGUCUGUCGGAGAUUGUGUGGCUUUUUAUUACAUGUGGAAAAAGUCAGAACGAUAUGAUUUCUUUGCACAACAAACUAGACUUGGAAAAAGGAAAUACAACCUUCACCCGGGAGUGACGGAUUACAUGGACAGAUUGCUGGAUGAGACAGAAAGCACAGCCUCUAGUCGAGCAACCACGCCCCUUCCCGCCCCCUCCAGCAGCAGCACCAGCCAAUCAGAGAGAGAGGAGACCAGCGCUCACAACGGACUCCACAGUCACAGCUCCAGUGCAGACUCCACGCAAACAUCGAGCAGUGUGAACGAGAUGAAGAGUGAAUCUGUCCAAUCAAAUGGAGCAGACAGUAUAUCAACAGAUCUUCAGGACUCUAAUGGGUGUAAACUCACAGACACUCCCAAAACAGACACAAACGGCUCUGUGAAGCACCAACAGGACUGCCAGAGUCUCGACAGGCCGACAAAAAAGUGCCGGACAGAAUCAGACUCGCUGACCCAAGCCGAGACUGACGCUUCCAGGGCGAAGGAAGACUGAAUAAGUGGGGAUGGGACAGUGCUGUGACAUCUCUUGCCCCAUCCACACUAAAUCCAAAGCCAAGCUGCUCCAAAAACGCCACCCUCCAACUCGAACUACAGCCAAUUAAUGCUCCUUUUUCACGAAACCAUUUACAGAGAAAUGUAUAUUCUAUUUGUAACGGAAUUUGCCUGAUAUUUUUUUACCAACAAGAUAUUUAUAUUUUUAUUGAGACAUUUUGACAAUGGGUGAAUAUGCUGUGUAAGCCAUUAUACAUGAUUGUUGGUGGGCGUGGCCUCGUGUGAAUGGGGCGUGGUCAGUGUAUCUCCAGGUACACCAAGCUGUAUUUUAGUCCUGUGUGUGUGUGUGUUGGUUUAUGUAACAUACGGUGCAGUGCUCGGCUUGUUUGUGUCGAUGGAGUCCUACUGCGAGCUCCCAACUUUCCUUCAACAGAUGUAGUCAACAAUAAAUAAGCCAAUGGAAUGACUCCUCGGUUUGUUUUUAUAAAGUGUUCGACAUCAGUGAUGUCUGCUCUGAAACUCACUCAUCGGUUUGCUUGCGGUAUGUUUGUAGUAACUAGGUGAAAUGUCUGGAUCGUAUUUCAUGCCAAAAUCAAAAGAAAAAAAUAUCAAAAUAUAUUUUGCAUAAAGAAAAUUAAGCGUUUUUUAUUUUAUUUUCUUUUUUUACUGUAAUGCUUCUACUGUAAUUAUGAAUAUGUUACUGUAAUCUCAUCCUUAUUAUCAUAAUGUGUUCAGAUGUUUACUUUGUAUAAGCUUAUAAUUCUCAUUAUUAUCAUUGAUGAUUUCCAUUAGAAUCUCAAUGAUUGCUGUAAUACAACAAUGAAAACCAUCCUGUCCAGACACAAUGUUUUUUUAGUUGUUUAAAUCAGCGUAUAUCAAAUUCAGGACAAAAAAUACUAUCAUGAUGUAUAUUGACUAUUGCAUUUUAAAAUGAACAUUAUAAUAUACAUAGAAUAUAAUGUUUUGCUUUACUAUAGUGACUGUGAGAUUUAAAAACAAAUCUUAACCGUACUAGUAGCGUUUUCUUUAAGCAAAAUAUGUCUUUUUAAAUGCAUUUUGGGCUGACAUAGAACCUUUUCAUUCAUUGCAUAUGCGUUUUUGUACCUGAGAUGCACAUAACUAAUUAUUCAGAAACCUAAAUUCUUAUAAGGUUAGCAAACAAAUAGAAUAAAUACUGCUAGUUUCUGUGAGUAACAGGUUUUAAAGGUAGGCAGAAUUAAUAUUGUGAUAUGUCCCAAAUCAAUUCAAAUGUAUUGCCUCCAAUGUUAUAAAACAACCCUAUAAUACACCUCUCUUGCCAAAACAAGCACCUGGUCAGUUAUAGAAGUUAAUUUUCUCCACUUCAGGUGCAUCAAUUGUCCAACAGGUCCUGCAUUUAGAUCUUUCAGAGUCAUUGGUGCUUUAUCUCCACUGAAUGAUUGGUGAUAUUGACCCUCCCAUUGGCUUAUUUAUUGUCAUUUCUGUUGUUUGCUGCCUGGAGUUGUAUUAAGACUUCUGUUUGGCCUCAUGUGAUUUAAGCAUUGAUCGUAUUUUAAAUGGUCUUGUGUGGGAUGUAGCCACACUGAUCAAAGCUUAUGCAUAAAUCCAUGUUAAAUAGUAAAGCCAUCUGUAUCCACACUGGCCCACUGCAGAUGAUGGUAUGCUUUCUGAAAUCACUCGCUGCAUUUUGGAGUAGCGCAGAGAGUGUUUAUUUAAACCAUGAUUGUAAGAAUUAAGUUGGUCCUCUGAUGUUUAGCUAAUAAAUAAUAUGAAUGUACUUACAGAACUGAAAUUCUUUGCUUCCUGAAUAGAUUAAAAAACGACAUCACACAUGCAAGAGUGAUGUUGUACUGAAUAUCAGCACACACACACAAAAAACUGUUUUGUUUGUCGCCAAAUGACACCGAGACAGCUCGUGUGGAAAGCCACAAACACACAAAAGCAGACAUGUACAAAAAAGUGAAACAUCCCAGUGCUGUUAUACUAAAUAUCAGAACACUUGGAAUGCUGCUUGUGUAUUCAAAUUAGAGGACCAGAACUAAUCACUUCAUAACUGUUUGUUUCAAGAAAUGCUAAGUGUUCAGUUCAAGGGUGUAGCCAGGACAUUACUUUUGGGUGGGCCAAAUUUUUGCCCAUGUUUUUUAACCAAAUGUUCCUUAACAACAGAAAGGAGGCACGUUCAAACA